AUGACUCUCGGCCCUCAAUGCUGGCGCUGCCGCAAAAAGCGCCUCCGAUGCGACUCCUCCGUGCCAACCUGCCGGAAAUGCAUCGCCGCAGACACAGAAUGCCCAGGCUACGGCGACAAGAGGCCCAUCGCCUUUCGAGAUCCGCUCGUCUUGACGCAAAAGGGCGCCAUCAUCCGGGUGCGGGAUCGGGAGCCGGAGAGCCAUCGCGACCGUGACCGGGGAAAGACACGGAGCAGCAGUAGCAGUAGCCCACCGGCGUCCGUUCUUGGCAUCGUAUGCCGAUCGCCAAGAACGGCCGGACCUGUGAUGGAGUUGAGGAUUGCGGCUGAUGCCAUGGAGUAUUAUAACCACCACGUAGCACCAGACCUAGUCCCGUACUCAACAUCAACAUCACCAUACCAAAUCUCCCCCCUCCAAAUCGCCUCACUCGCCCCCUACCUCCGUAACACAUACAUCUCCAUCGCCGCCCUCCACAGACACAUCAACGGACAACCCUCGUCGUCAUCAUCAUCAAGUAUCUUAUCAAAGCUCCCAAACCAGAACAAGACCCUCGCUGCCUCCACAUCCCGCUCUCCAUUCAGACAAUAUGCAUCAACAUCGGGCGCUACAUCCGAAGUGUCCAGACUCAUGGCGGGAGGCGACUUUAAAAGCGUCCACUUCGCAUCCCAAGCCGCCGCCUUACAAGCCCUAGGCCAAGAACUCUGCGCAUAUCACCAACCUCACGAGACCAGCUCAUCGGCCACCGCCGAAGAUCCGGGGCCCAGUAUCCUCCUCGGCAUCAUGGUGAUGCUCUCAUCUCAGGUACCUUCCCCACCACAUCCCUCUAUCCGGUAG